UUGACAAACCGGCUCUUCAUAGACGUGAGCAGCUCGUCAGCAUGGAGCUGUGACCACGAGAAACACGUUUAUUCUCAUUUACUGGACACUUGUAUCUAAUACCAAACAACGGAGAGGUGGAAGGAGUGGUGCUCUUUCUCUGGAAAACAUCUUCGGGAGGACAUACACGUUUUUUGUACCCAGCCGGUGACUAGGAACAUGCCACCUGCAGCUGCAACCAAUCUAGGCUAUACCCCGCCAGAUGGAGGCUGGGGCUGGGCUAUCGUCGUUGGGGCUUUCAUCUCCAUAGGUUUCUCCUAUGCUUUUCCCAAGUCCCUCACCAUCUACUUUAAGGAUAUACAGGAAUAUUUUGCAGUUUCCUACAGUGAGAUUGCCUGGGUGUCCUCAGUCAUGCUCGCCUCUAUGUAUGCAGCAGGACCUGUGAGCAGCAUACUUGUCAACCGGUAUGGCAGCAGACCUGUGGUUAUGGUCGGUGGGGUCAUGGUUAGCACUGGCAUGGUGCUGGCUUCUUUUGGCACUGCCAUCAUACAUCUGUAUCUUUGUAUUGGGGUAAUUGGAGGUUUUGGCCUUGCCUUUAACCUGCAGCCCGCCCUGACGAUCAUAGGUACCUACUUCCAGGUCAAAAGGCCACUGGCGAACGGGCUCGCUAUGACAGGAAGUCCAGUUGUUCUGUUCACUCUGGCUCCUCUCAAUCAGUUUCUGUUGGAUUCUUUUGGCUGGAGAGGGAGCUUCCUCAUCCUGGGAGGCAUUGUUUUAAACUGCUGUGUCGCUGGUUCCUUGAUGAGACCGGUCAACAAAAAAGCCCUAAAAAAAACAGAGAAGACUGAACCACCAGAGUGUAAUGGAGGAGCCGCUGAGGAAGCUGCUACUGUGGACACCAUCACACAGUCGGAUAACCUGACUGAAGAAAACCAAAAGGAAAGCAAGAGUCAGGGCUGUGUGAAUAGAUUCAUAGAUAUCUCACUUUUCAAACACCGGGGCUUCCUCAUUUAUCUAAUUGGCAACGUGGUAAUGUUUUUUGGCUUCUUCGCACCUGUAGUUUUUCUAGCUCCGUGUGCCAAACACAAAGGGAUUGAUGAAUAUUCAGCAGCUUUCUUGCUUUCUAUUUUUGCUCUGGCAGACAUGUUUAUCAGACCAACAACUGGCUUCAUAGGCAACACCAAGUGGAUAAGGCCACGGAUACAGUACUUUUUCAGUUUUGCAGUUUCAUACAAUGGCGUAUGCCACCUUUUAUUCCCAUUGGCAUCUGAAUAUACGGGCCUGGUUGUUUAUGCUGUUUUCUUUGGUUUUGCGUUUGGGAUGCUUUCUGCGCUUCUCUUUGAAGUUCUCAUGGACCUUGUCGGAGCUCAUCGAUUCUCCAGUGCUGUUGGACUUGUCACCAUUAUCGAGUGUGGACCAGUGCUUCUUGGACCUCCACUUUCAGGAGCUCUGGUUGACAUUUUUGGAGAUUAUAAAUACAUGUACUACGCGUGUGGGGUCUUUAUGCUGGUGCCUGGCAUAUUUUUCUUCAUCAUGCAUUACUUCAACUACAGGAGACUGGACAAGGAGCGGGGGCAGAUAGUGGCUGUGGAUGUGAGGACUUGUGAAGAGGCAGUAGAACUUAAAACAAAUCCGGAUGAUAAAGCAGCACAUGACACAGAUGAAUGAACCUGCUGACUGUGAUUUGAUAUCAGUGGAUGUAGAAAGAUGACACUGCACAGGCUUUAGAGCAGGACAAACAGUCUACAGGGUAUUAUUGAUAAAAAAUGAUUUUGAGGUUGUUGGACUCUUUGUUACAUAUCUGCAGAUUAACAUUUAGUAUUUUCUUGGUUAUUUUAUUUGUAUUUUCUUAUGUUUUUAUUGUUAGAUUAUAUGAAAACUGUAACUCUGAUGGCCUUUGUUAAUAAAUCAUCUAGAAAUGCC